UUGUUGUCUGCAUGUUUGAAUGUUGUUAUGCGGUUAUUUAGUGGAGAGAUCUUAUAGAAAAGUUUUAGAUAAUAUAAUACAAAUAACUUUAAGUUGAAGUCACAUGAAAUAAUUAUUUCUUAAAUUAAAGAUAAUUCUGAUAGUAUUACGAAAUGGCUGAAAUAAGUAAGGUUGAUAAACUAUCAUUUUUGGCAGAAUGGUAUGACAUCGAAGCUUCCGUCAUUAGACAAUUUUAUUUUUCUUUUUUCCCAAGUGACUGUACUGUUGAAAUGUUUGAUAUUAAAAAUCAUAAAUUGUUUUUAAAACGCACACAUUGCGAUGGCUUAACACUGAAAGAUAUUUUUGUUGGAAAUACUAUCAAAAUUUUCAGUAGGGAAAUAAAAAUAGUUGAUUAUGCUGAUGGUCUUACUAAGAAAAAAAUGGCACUAUCAAUGCAAAGAUCAUUUUGUAUGAUUAAACCUGAUGGCAUUGUAAACAAGGGUGAAAUCUUAUGCUGCAUUUUGAGGAGUGGUUUUCAGAUCAGUCGGUUGAAAAUGACUACACUGAGUAAAGAAGAUGGCACAUUUAUGUACAGUGAGCAUCAGGGAAAACCUUUUUUUCCAUAUCUGUUAGAACAUGUAACAUCUGGACCGGUGAUUGGGGUAGAUGUUCUCUCAGAAGAUGCUGUCCAGCGGUUGAUUGCUUUGGUUGGACCAACUGAUGUGACAGAAGCAAAAACAAAGUGUGCAGGAAGUAUAAGGGCCACAUUUGGGCAGGAUGUUACAAGAAACGCAAUACAUGCCUCAAAGUCUGCAGAAAAGGCUGAAAAGGAAUCCAAGCUGUUCUUUGAACCUCGCUUUGAGGGAGGAACAUCACUGAAGCCAUUAGUACAGUUAAGGAACUCAACGUGCUGUAUCAUCAAGCCUCAUGCUGUUCAGGAAGGCUUGGCUGGGAAAAUAAUCUGCAUGAUAGAAAAAAACAAUUUUGUCGUGAGUGGCUUACAACUUUUUUAUAUGGAUGAAAUAAAUGCAGAAGAAUUUUUAGAAGUAUACAAAGGAGUGGUCCCUGAAUACAUGUCAAUGGUGAAGCAGUUGUCGUCAGGACCAUGUUUGGCUAUGGAGGUGACAAGUUCCCAGCCUGACUGUGACGUCCCUGUCGAGUUCCGCAAGUUUGCUGGACCUGCAGAUCCUGAAAUUGCCAAACGAAUCCGGCCAAAUACAAUUAGAGCUCACUAUGGAAAAUCAAAAGUAGAGAAUGCCAUUCAUGUUACUGACUUACCAGAUGAUGCUUCACUAGAGGUUGAAUAUUUCUUUAAAAUUCUGUCAUCUUGACCUUCAUGAAACCAUCAACCAAUAGAUACGAAAGAUAAGUUCGUCAAAUGACCAAUGUGACUGUUAAUUACAAUAAAAUCCAAUUUUGUAAAACAAAAAUCUGAAAAUAAAUUAAUAAUUUUAAAUUUA